UGGUGAUUGGGCGGUGCCCGAGAGGCUGCGGGUGAGGCGCGGGCGCGCGAGCGGGAGUUCCGGCGGAGGCCCGUGCUGAGUGCUGGCGCCUUCACCAUGGCCUCGUCUGAGCUGGACUACACCAUCGAGAUCCCGGAUCAGCCCUGCUGGAGCCAGGAGAACAGCCCCAACCAAGGCGGGAAGGAGGUGGGGACACGACAGCCUUUGGUGAUUCUCUUGGGCUGGGGUGGCUGCACCGACAAGAACCUUGCCAAGUACAGCGCCAUCUACCACAAAAGGGGCUGCAUCGUGAUCCGAUACACAGCCCCAUGGCACAUGGUCUUCUUCUCCGAGUCCCUGGGCAUCCCUUCACUUCGUGUUUUGGCCCAGAAGCUACUUGAGCUACUCUUUGAUUACGAGAUUGAGAAGGAGCCCCUGCUCUUCCAUGUCUUCAGCAAUGCUGGUGUCAUGCUGUACCGAUACGUGCUGGAGCUCCUGCAGACCCAUCGGCGCUUCUGCCACCUGCGUGUGGUGGGCACCAUCUUUGACAGCGGUCCUGGUGAUAGCAACCUGGUGGGGGCUCUGCGGGCCCUGGCAGCCAUCCUGGAGCACCGGCCUGCUGUGCUGCGCCUGCUGCUCCUGGUGGCCUUCGCCCUGGUGGCAGUCCUGUUCCACGUCCUGCUCGCUCCACUCACUGCCCUCUUCCACACCCACUUCUAUGACAGGCUACUUGAUGCAGCCUCUCGCUGGCCUGAGCUCUACCUCUACUCGAGGGCCGACGAGGUGGUCCUGGCCAGGGAUGUGGAACGCAUGGUGGAGGCACGCCUGGCACACCGGGUCCUGGUGCGCUCUGUGGACUUUGUGUCAUCUGCACAUGUCAGCCACCUCCGCGACUACCCUGCUUACUACACAAGCCUCUGUGUCAACUUCAUGCGCAGCUGUGUCCACUGCUGAGCUCCUUCCCCACCCAACACCCACCCAACUUACCCCUACUCCAGAAAUAAAUGCCUGACACCUCCCCACAACCUAUA